CACAAGUGGCGGUGUGGAAGCCUUCCCAGGUCAUCAGCUGCCACACGGCUGUGGCUGCUAUAAAAACACACCGAGAGUCCGAGACGCCGCCACCAACAAACAAACAGAAGCCACGCCGGAGUCUCGUAUCGCAAACGUCGGAGGCAGGAAGCACCAUCCGCCGUCUCUUCCCGGAGAUGGCCGCUCCCGCCGCCGCCGCCGUGGUGGUGCUGUUCGACUUCGACAAGACCAUCAUCCAGUGGGAUAGCGACGACUGGGUCAUCACCAAGCUCGGCGCCGCCGACGCCUUCAACCGCCUGCGCCCCACCAUGCGCUGGAACUCCCUCAUGGACAGGAUGAUGGGGGAGCUCCACGCGCAGGGGAGGUCGGCCGACGACAUCCGCGAGUGCCUCAGGAGCGCGCCGCUCGACGCGCACGUCCUCUCCGCCAUCCGGACGGCGUCGGCAUUAGGGUGUGAUUUGAAGGUGGUGAGCGACGCCAACUCCUUCUUCAUCGAGACCGUCCUGGAGCAUCACGGCGUCCUCGGCUGCUUCUCUGAGAUCAACACCAACCCCGCGCGCGUGGACGCCCAAGGGAGGCUCAGGAUCUCGCCGUUCCAUGAUCCCACCAGCUCGCCCCAUGGUUGCAGCCUGUGCCCUGACAACAUGUGCAAGGGCAAGAUAAUCCAGAGGAUUCAAGGGACAGACAGUGCCAAGAACAAGCACUUCAUCUACAUCGGUGAUGGGAAGGGGGAUUACUGCCCCUCUCUUAAGCUAGGGGAAGGGGACUAUGUCAUGCCAAAGGAGAAUUAUCCCCUCUGGAGUCUCAUCAGCAGCGAUCCCCAGCUUAUCAAAGCUGAGGUUCAUCCAUGGUCUAGUGGCGAGGAAUUCGAAAGGAUCCUGCUUAAGCUGGUGAACAAGCUGAUCACCUCACAUGCACAGGGGUCCCAAUUGGACUACAAAUGUGACAUGAGCAAUCCAAUAUCAAUGGAAGUGGGUCACCAUCAGACUCUCCCUAUCCCAAAUUGAUCCGUAACCAUAUCCUAGCUCACGUUACAGGCAAGAUUGCGUGACCAUUUUCACAUGCCUCACCAAGGAACUGUCCUCGGUCAGAAUUCAUCCUAGUAUAUGAUGUAACAAAUAAUUGCACUGACUAUGUCGGUGGAUUUUCUGCACAUUGCGUCUCUUAUCAAACUGCAGGAUAGCAUAUGUGAUUAAAUUUAGAAUCAAGACUUGCCCAUCAAACUCUACAGGCAAGUUCAGGGACCCAACAGCAUGUUUAAAUGAGAUAAAACAGUCAACAGUGUAACAGAGUGGUAGUGAUCUGCUAAUGCAGGUGUGGCAUUUUCAGUAAUCAUAUUUAUAAACAGGAUUUACCUUGGCA